AUGUCGCUGAGAGCAGGUCCCUCUGGAUCAGGCGGCAGAGCCACAAACAUGUCGCUAGCUCAUCUAGCAUCGCAGUCACGACAGCCUAGCACUAUGCAGAAUAUCGCUAUGGUUGCAUCCAAAGCCGUGGCUGCUGCCCGAUACGCUGAAUUGCAAGCAAACAAGUUACGAAGUCAGAAGGGAGCAAGUGACAAACCACGAGUUGAACGAGAUAUGAGUCUCGAGCAGUUUAGAGAGUUGUUGAGAGUUUUUCAGAACUUAACAAAUGACGGCGACGGCUCACUCUCUCUCGAAGAAUUCAAAACCACAUUCGGACGCAUCCUCGGCGAUGGCCUAACCAACGACCAGAUGUCUGUCCUCUUUAUGCAAAUCGACGCAGACGCAAACCAGGGUAUCGAUUGGGACGAAUUCUCAACGUACAUGCUGCUGCGUGCCGAGGGACAGAGCAUGAUGCGGGAAGCCGAGGAGGUCGAAUACUUGGUGGUGUUGAACCACUUGUUUGAUUUUGAAGGUGCCAUGGGAGCGCUAGCUAGACCACCUAUACCGACGCCCCAUACGAAUAUGAUUGUGCACAUGUCGUGGCUGAAUCAUCUGAGACGGUAUAUUAGCUUGAGUCGGGACGGUGGGCUGUGUAUGUGGAAUGAUAAGCUGAAGCUGCAGAAGGCGUUUCAGGAUAUUCAUAGCAGCAUGUUUGGAAAUGAUGAUAAGAAGGGCUCGAUACCGAGAACGAAACAUGGACAUACCAAUCCAUGGGCCCAUGAUGCUGUGUUUAUGCCGGGAGCGAAUAAGCUUGCUGUUACAUGGGCUAGUCAUGAAAUAACAUUUCAUGACAUGAACUCAAUGGACGUGCAUUAUUGCCUGGACUUAGAAGAUGCCACCGCCCUGUCCAUCGACUUUCAUUAUGAUCCCGACGAUUUGCAAAGCGAAGGACUCCUAUUUUGGGGCACGGAUACAGGACACGUCGCUGUGCUUCACAUUGAGCCUGAAAAUUUGACCUCGUUAAGCGGUCCCAAAAAGGACUAUGGAGCCAUAGUCCGAGACUCAUGCCACGGCCACUUUACUGGUGCCAACGCCACGCAAUCGACGUCCUCACGACCUGUAAAUGCAACUAGUACCAGUUUAGGAGGUCUUGAUUCCGCUGUAGGUGUUUCGGCGAACGGACCACGUCUUGGACCGUUACAGAAGAGGAAAGCGCAUGGAGAUUGGUGUGUCAAGGUUAAAUAUCUAGCGGAUUUGGGUGCGGUGGUGUCUUGCUCGCCUGAUCCACAGGCUAGUCUGGUGGUUGCUAUUCAUCGGGGCCGGUGGCGGUGGGAUGUUGAGACGCUUGCUGUGCAUAAGGGGGUGAAUUGCUUUGCGUAUUGUCGGUUUCCGGUUACGCUUGUUACGGGUGGUACAGACCGACAAAUACGAUUCUGGAACCCACAUCGCUUAAAACGACCUAUCGCUAGUUUGAAAGGCCACGUCGCACCAAUAUCCGAAAUAUGCUGCAACGAGACAUAUGGACAAGCCAUCACUCUGUCUGUCGACAAGGUCAUUCGAGUCUGGGAUAUACGGCGACAGCAGUGUCUCCAAACCUUGACCGACACUGUCCGCCAUCGACCUGAAAACAUUAUCUCGACACUACACUUUUCACCGCAAAACCUGCGUCUCGUCGCAGCUUCUACUACCCUCCAAUCCUUCGUCCUCGCCGAAAAGAGAUCUGUGGGAUUCCAGGCACGCCAGCCAAAAAGCCACGACAGUCCGCUACGAUCGGCGCUAUUCAAUGCCAAUUUCAGACAGGUCGUAUCGGGUUGUGAUGGAGGAGUUGUAAACGUCUGGGAUGCCACAUCAGGAGCUAAAACAUUCCGAUUCACUGGCGCCAAGUCUGAAAUCACCGCCAUGGCAUUCGAUGUCGGACGACGCAGAAUCGUUAUUGGAGCGCGGGAUGGAAGCAUUCGGAUGUACAAUUUCAAUAAUGGACAGUGUUUGCAUGAGCUCUUCAAGGGUGAUAACUCUGAAGUCACUGGACUCGUUUAUGUUGAGCUCAAAGACGCCAAGUAUAUUGUCGCUAGUGGAUGGUCGAGACGUGUUGCUGUCUUUUUGGAUGAUUCGGAUUCGUUUACGUUGGAACCGACCUUGGCGUGGCCUUCGCCUAAUGAGCCAGGGAGUGCGUGGCAUCGCGAUGAUAUCUUGUCGGUCGCAUUCUGUUCUCCGACUAUGCUGGCGACGUCGAGUUAUGAUGGGGAAAUCAUCUUGUCGACCUUGAUGACGGGACAUGUCAUACAUCGCAUGAGGCCACCGUUGUGGGAGCAUGCUGAUCCACAGCAGCGCUCUAUCGACAAAGUAAUAUUUUUACCAUCUCGUAUCAACAACGUGCACGCCGCAGCUCUGGUAUCAUCUGGAUCAGACGGCGUUAUAAGAUUCUGGAAUGUCUGGAGCGGCCUUGAAUUACACGAAUUUGACGCUACAGAUGGACGCCAAGAAGGUGUCUUUGCUUUAGCCAUCAAUGAGGAUGAGAGUCUGAUGGUUACUGGUGAUGCAGCUGGAUUCGUCACUCUGUGGAAUAUUUCCGAGACAUGUGUUGCACCACCUCCACCAACAGGAGAUUCAGUUAUCAUGGUGCACCAAUUCCGAGCGCAUAUUCGAAGUAUUGUUAGUGUCGAUAUUGCUGAGCUUUAUCGGUCGAUAGUAACGGCUUCGUCUGAUAUGACUGUGCGGGUGUUUACUUAUGAAGGACACUAUAUCGGUACAUUUGGUCAAAUAUGGGACAUCUCUGAUCCAUCAACCUACAUGCAUCCACUAAUACCUGAAGACGUCCUCGCUGUCGAAACAGCAGAAGCCGAACAACGAGAAGAACAAGCUCGUGUUAGGAGUCUCAGUAACAAGGUCAAGGACAAACUGCUUCCAAAGCUCCGCAGACAUCUUUCACCUACGGGUCCGGAAAUGACGGUGAAUGUCGAGGGCAAGGAAUUUGUUUCUUCACAGGUGCAACUUUCGCCCGAGAGUGCUGUUACUCCGGUAGUCAGGAAGGAAGUUGUGCAGCUGCCGGCUGGACAGCCGAGGGUUUCACCUGCUACAAAUUAUGCAUCGACGGUGUUUGCAAAGGAAUUUGGUGCCAAGGUGCCGCAUAAGAAGCCCAAUAAUUCGUUGCAGAUUAAAGACUCGCAGCGGGUUUAUCAGCUGUUGGCUCAUCAUGAAAUAGGAACUAAAUUUGAAGGAAUGGAACUACUUCCACCGGCAUGGGCGGAAUCCAAUGUGCCUUCGCAACCGACUUUGCUCUCCAACAAAAGGCAAGUAUCUGCAGACGUCCUGAGCGCUCCUAGUAUACAGCUGUCGCUUAGAUCUGAGCAUAACCAUGGAGACUCUAUGGGACGCAGAGCAUUGCAGCUAUCAGAGAAUGUCGCUGCAGCUGGAACAGCACGGCCAAAACGUCUUAGGCGGCGCAUCGGAAUCAAUAAAGGUGUUGCCAUGAGUAACUAUUUUGAUGUUCAGUACUAUACAACCGUUUAUCUUGGAAGUCCACCGCAGUCAUUUAAAGUGGUUGUUGAUACAGGCUCCGCAGAUCUGUGGAUACCAGGCGUGAAGUGCACAGUAGCUCAAUGUGGAACGCACGCCAGAUUUAACGACACAGCAUCGUCGUCUGCCUUUAGCAAGAAGCAAAAGUUCUCCAUACAAUACGCUAUGGGUUCCGCCGCUGGAGACCUCUUUCUGGACCGGUUUUUAUUGAAUGUUUCCACCAGCGCCACCAGAUCAGUCAUUCUCCAAGUACUGAAUCAAACUUUCGCUUCCGUGACAAGUGAAACGUACUGGAAAUCAUACACACCAGAUGCCUUCUCGAACUUGGCACAAUCACAAUCUCGAACACCACUCGAGAAUCUAUACCUCCAACGACAAAUCGGAUGGCCUGCCUUUUCGCUUUGGCUGCAAUACAACAACAAAUCUGCAGGUGUUGCAGGACAAGGUGGGGUACUCACACUGGGUGGUGUUGAUCCAACACUUUACUAUGGCAGGAUUGUUUUCGUCCCAGUCGUGAAUCCUGCCUACUGGAGUAUUUCCUUGGAUGCCGUCUUAUGGGGAAACCAAAGCGUACCACUCGGAACCACCAAUAUGGCUGUUUUGGAUUCGGGCACCACAUUGAUAGGGAUGGACCCAGCUUCAGCAAGCAUGCUCAACAAUGACAUCGGCUCCUCACCAGCACCAGGAGAUCCCUACUUGUAUCUCCUUCCCUGCGCCACACUUAACGGCCUCAACUCCACCUUUUCUCUGGUGUUUGGAGGCAUCACGUUCCAGUUGUCUGGUCGUGAGCUAGCGGUACCCAUAGACUCGUCUGGAACUACGUGUUAUAGUCCGUUUCAGUCAGUGCCAGUGCCUGGACUGCCAGACGAUCAACGAUUGUGGAUUCUUGGGACAAUCUUUCUGAGAAAGUUCUACACCAUCUACGAUUACAAUCCUUCAACUGAUGGAAGCACCAUAAGUCCACGAGUUGUCUACUCAACAAGCUCUGUUACAAGGAACAACAACUCAUCUGCUUUUGUGCUGCGGACCAUAACAAGUCAAGCACACACCAACAAAGCCAAAGUCCUCUCGUUCGGUGCUGGUCUAGAUGGGAAACUGGGCCUUGGAGAUAUGGAAAAUCGAGCUAACCCAACGCAAAUCCCGACAUUCAACAAUAUGCGAGUUAAGGCAGUGGCGUGUGGGUUGCUUCAUUCUCUAGCUUUGGUCCACGACGAUGCUACAAAUUCAGGUCGAAUUUAUUGCUGGGGUAGUAAUUUCUUUGGCCAAUGUGGACAUGUCUCUGAUGCACCUUCCUUCUUUGCUGAUGAAGACGAAGACCAAAUACCGUCGCCUCUACUGUUGCAUCGACUGACGCAGCAAAACGUAACGUCCAUCGCUUGUGGUGACUUUCACAACGCUGCAUUGAGCGACGGAAGUGUUUAUACAUGGGGCGGUGGUGUGCUUGGAGGAGCAGAAGAAGCAAACGAUUCAAACCCGACUUUGGUUCGACGAUUCUCAGACACGCAAAGAAAGGUCAUGUCUAUACAGGCUGCUGGUGCCCUAACUCUAGCAACUGCCAAAAAAUCGGAUUCGUCAUCGUUGGAAUACUAUUUGUGGGGAUACUUGAGGCAGGGCAAAACUUGGAUGAGAGCGAAAUCACCAUCGUUAUUGGCUGCGUGCAUGAAGGAGAAUAUUAGAUUCUCGGCUGUUGGGCCGGGUGGUAUGGCAUUUGUGAGUCAGGACGGAAGUAGAGCCAAGUUGCUGGUGUAUGCUUCGGUGGGAAAUGAGGCAAUAAGGGAAGGGAUGCCAUUUCAGCGAGAGAAUGCAGAGGAUAUUGGUGAUGUAUGCUUAGUGGAGCCUACGGUAUCUGCUCGUGUGGAUUUGGAUCUGUCGACUGUAGCUAGUUUGAGCAUGGGUGAAGACUUUGGAUUGGUACUGAAAAAUGAUGGAAGCCUCCAUUGGUUUGCCGUGAACGAAUUCAAGACAUUACAGCCGCUACCACUUCCUGUUGCUCUGCCCGAUAAAAUCGUAUCAAUCCAAGUUGGCCGUACCUCCUCUACCGCUAUCACUUUGCACGGACUCUGCAUCCAAUGGAAUAUUGCCCAAUCCGCAUAUGCAAAUCGAGUCAAGCGGAAUCUGGACUUGGUCACUGAACUACAGGAGGGUAAUGGAAGGGUCAUAAACUUGCAAGGGAAGGUAAUUAACGUCGCAACAGGGCUAGAUCACUGGCUCGCUGUGGUUACCCAAUAG